AUGGCUUUGAAUGGGAGAACAUUUAAAUCAAAAAGACAACAGAGGCUUUAUAAUGCCUCAAUAGCAGGUAAAUAUCAAAAACUAGUAAAUAGAAACCCUUUCCUAUUUUUUGGAUUACCAUUUUGUGGACUAAUUGUAGCGGGCUCUUAUUGGCUUUCUGAGUUUACCGCGGUAAAGUAUGAAAGAGAAGAUGCAAGAGUUCAGGAGUUAAAUGAAGAAGAUUUAAUAAAAAUGAAGUCAAAUGAACGUCCCUUUGAUAUAAAGGAGGAAUAUUACAGAUUACAAGGUUUACAAGAUGAAGAUUGGGAACCUGUAAGAGUUAAGCGAUUAAAGGGUGAAUCCGAAAAUGUUUGGUAA